AUGCAUGAUUUUAAGUACAAACAGCCAGAAAAUCUGUCAGGAAGAGGAACUGCUGCACAGUCGACAACAGCUGGUGCUCAGUGGUCCGCGGACCGCGCCAUCGAUGAUGGGAAGGAUAUCUCUGUGCUUUCUGCUUCUUGUGCGGCAACCAAUGUUGAGGCCAGACCGUGGUGGAGGCUGGAUCUUCAGGCUGCGUAUCGAGUGAGUAUCGUGGUCGUCACCUACAGAGAAGACUGCUGUCCAAAUAAUAGGAAAGACUUUCAGAUUCGCUUCGGCAACUCUCUGCAGGACGAAGGAAACGCCAAUCCCAGCUGUGCCGUGAUCUCCAGUGAUUCAGAAGCCCACAGCGUCACCUACUCCUGCUCAGAUCGGGAGGGACGGUACAUAAACGUUUUCUCUCGUGGAUACCUUUUCGUGGAUUUCAAGGCCCUCUUGGUUUGUGAGGUGGAAGUAUACGAGACAGAAUAUUUUAGACGCUCGUUUAUGAAGAUAGUGUUUAACUCCACUGCUAAUCUGACCGACCCGACAGUAACGGACAGCGUGCUUAAAGAGGUGAGAACGUGA